AUGUCCGGAAUCACCGUAAAUUAUGCUUGUGGGGAUUGCUCACCUCUUCCUGAACGGAACUCCACCACGGAAUCUCACCAAUACCCACCGAUAGACGAGGAUGAUGAACUUCUGAAGUACAUCUGGAGGGAAUACCUCCACCCAAAGCAGUACGAAUGGGUUCUGAUAGCAGGGUACAUCAUUGUGUUCUUCGUUUCUCUGAUAGGAAAUACACUUGUUUGCUUUGCCGUGUGGAAGAACCAUCACAUGAGGACAGUGACAAACUACUUCAUCGUGAACCUGUCUCUCGCCGACAUUCUGGUGACCAUCACCUGCCUGCCUGCCAGCCUGGUCGUGGACAUUACGGAGACCUGGUUCUUUGGAAACACACUGUGCAAAGUGCUACCAUAUCUGCAGACCAUCUCCGUGUCGGUGUCGGUGCUGACGCUCAGCUGCAUCGCGCAGGACCGCUGGUACGCCAUCUGCCACCCGCUGAUGUUCAAAAGCACCGCCAAGCGCGCCCGCAAGAGCAUCGUGCUGAUCUGGGCGGUGUCGUGCAUCAUCAUGAUCCCGCAGGCCGUGGUGAUGGAGUGCACCAGCCUGAUGCCUGAGCUGACCAACAAGACCAGCCUGUUCACCGUGUGUGACGAGCACUGGGGAGCUGAAAUCUACCCCAAAGUCUACCACACCUGCUUUUUCAUUGCGACAUACUUUGCCCCCUUGUGUCUGAUGGUGUUGGCCUACAUCCAGAUAUUUCACAAGCUGUGGUGUCAGCAGAUCCCGGGGACGUCCACCGUCCUGCAGAGGAAGUGGAAGUCCCUGCAGUGUUCGGCACAGGCCCCGGGGCCAGGCGAGCCGGUGAAGGUGCGGACCAGCACGGUGUCGGCGGAGAUCAAGCAGGUGCGGGCGCGCCGUAAGACCGCGCGCAUGCUGAUGGUCGUCCUCCUGGUCUUCGCCCUCUGCUACCUGCCCAUCAGCGUGCUCAACAUCAUGAAGAGGGUCUUCGGAACAUUCAAGAACACCAACAACAGAGAGACCGUCUACGCCUGGUUCACCUUCUCUCAUUGGCUAAUAUACGCCAACAGCGCAGCCAAUCCCAUCAUUUAUAACUUCCUCAGCGGAAAGUUCCGGGAGGAGUUCAAGGCGGCUUUUUCCUGCCGGUAUUUGGGGGCGAGCCCUAGCAAGGAGGAGCGGGUCCGCGGGAGGACCAGUACGGACAGCCGGAAAUCCCUCUCCACCCAAGUCAGUCACUUCGACAACGUCUCCCGGAUUUCCGACCAGGUGGUCUAGUCCAGUCUAGUGAAGGACCACCGUGAGGAUUCCAACUCAGACGUUGUUGGACAGGGCAGGAGGCUUAUUCUGGAAGAGGCUGUGUAUGGGAACACAGGUGGGCAGGAGUGCAGAACACUGUCUGGUGGCUACUGUCAGUCUGUCUGGCCUUUCCGAGGGAUUCUUUGGUGGAACGACUCAAUUGGAUACCUCUUGGGCUGUCGUUGAUGGCAUCCUUCAAGGAUUGAUCUGUCCUUUCCAGCAGCUGACGAUGUGAGCCACGUGGAACUGAGCGGACUUUAAACAUGGAUGUUUACCGGAGCAUUUGAACAGAAUGUAACGAAAACCGACCGCCCACUGUUCAUUCUGUGCAUGAGCUAGAGAAUUGUAUUUAUUGAGUGAGUUAGCUUGAGUAUGAGUGGAUGACUGACUCUAUGGUGCAGCUAGUGAGUGAGUGAACUUAACUAAGAGUGGAUAACUGAGUCCAUGGCACAGCGAGCGAGUGAGUGAAUGAGAGAAUAUUUAUUUUGUGAGCUUGAUUGUGAGUGGA